AUGGCUUCCUUCUAUUCAUAUCCUGAAUUAGUUUUGGCUUGUUUUAUAUUUACGUUACCUUUUUUAUAUGAAAACAGUAACGUGUUUCGAUAUUACUUGAAGUUUUUUGUUUAUUAUGCUUAUGUAUUAGUUACGUGUACCAUAUUAUUACCUGUAGUUUUAUUAUAUCCUAGGGAUGUUACUAACUUAAUUGUUGCUUCCAGAUUUUGCCGCUACGCCUCGUAUAUAGUGGGUAUAGAAUGGGAAUUGAGAGGCUUGGAACAUUGGGACAAUGAACAGUGUUACAUAGUAAUAUCUAAUCAUCAAAGCUCAUUAGAUAUAUUGGGUAUGUUUGAAAUGUGGCCACGCAUGAAACGCUGUACAGUUGUUGCAAAGAGACCAUUGAUGUUUACUGGGGCCUUUGGUUUCGGAGCUUGGCUUUCUGGACUUGUAUUUAUAGAUCGACUCAAAACCGACAGAGCCCGGAAAUUAAUGAGAGAAGCUACGGAGCGUGUUAUACAGGAAAAGACAAAACUGUGGGUGUUUCCUGAAGGCGCGAGAUUUAACAAAGGCAGUAUACAGCCUUUCAAGAAAGGUGCCUUUUAUUUGGCAAUUGAUGCUCAGAUUCCCAUAAUGCCGGUUGUGUUUAGCCAGUAUUAUUUUUUGGACAAUGACAGUAAGACAUUUGAACCUGGGAAAGUGGUUAUCACAACAUUGCCUCCAAUACCCACCAAAGGAAUGACUCGGAACGACUUAGAAGCUCUCUCGGAGCUAGCACGAGAACAAAUGAUGGAAGUGUUUAAUGAGAGCUCUAAGGAUUUGGUAGUACAAAGAAAAGUAGUAUUGUAAACAACGAACUAAUGCAAUAAUUGUAUAUUUGUUCGUUUAGUUUAACUAUGCUUCCUCACUGACUGAAUGAGUAAUGGUGUGAAUGUAUUUUUUAUAGCUUAGGUAAUAAAAAGUACUAUCGUUCCAUACAGUUGGUAAAAUUAUAAUUUAUUUAAUACAUUAUUUUUUACAAUAGAUUAUAAUUUAUUCUAGUCAAGUGUACCUGUUGCAUAAAUUAUUUUUGUAUAAUUGUUGGUAAAUUGUGACAAUCAAUACUAUCAAAGCUCGGAUCGAAGGAGAACACGAAUCUCAAUUUGAAACUACGAAAUAGUUUUAAGUCACUCAGUAUUUUAUUUGUAUCGCAAUUUUGCGCUAAAUACAUCUUUCUGUAGCAGUAGUCACAAGUUCGGAAAAAAUCCUGAUAGUAUCUCAGAGUACUUAUUCAUAUGUUCGGAAAAAAAUGUAUCUUAGAAGAAAGUUUGUUUUGAAUUUUCCUGUCCUUGUUUUAUUAACAUCUUGUUGACAUAAUAUUAUUUUAUUUAAUGUGAUUGAUUACGUAAUUUAAUUUGUUUGUAAGUUUUUAAUGGAUGUAUAUGAAAUAGUGGACCCAUAUGCACUAGUGAGUACAUUGGUAGGGGGAAGAGGCGGAGGACACCAGUGGAAGAUCAAAUGACAAGCAUGAAAUUAUAUUAGUACACCCCCACCUAUGAUUUAAAAUAUGCAAUAAUUUUAUUUGCAUUAUUGCAUAUUUGUAAAUAUUAGACAAUGCUUUAACUAGUCACUUAAAGUAGUAUGUAAGUACUUUAUUUAAAAGAAUGAUAUAUCAGUAUUUUACACAAAACAAUUUACUUAAAUGUAGAAUUAUGUAAGUUGUUUAAAAUGGCAAAGCCAGUUGAAUUUUACAAUGCAUGCAAUGUAAGUACUUACUUUUGAUUUGGGCUGUGUUGUAAAUUUACAAUAUACUUAGUGUCUUUUAUUGUACGGUUGUGAGUAUGUUUGUAUAAAGAGGAUUUCAAAUGUCAUCCAAUAACUUUGCUAGUAAGUAGUAGUAGAAAAUAACAGUACCUGUUUCCACAUUACAAUUGUCUUAGUACAUAAAGAUCUUUUAAAUUGUAACAUUAAGAAUUAAUGAAGAUUGUAUAAUAUUUAUUUUUUAAUACACACUCGUUAUAGUAGUAAACAAUACAUAACUUAUAUUUAUCAACUAAUUAUGAUCUUUGAUUUUGAUAAAGGACUAAAAUGCAAUUAGGGUUUAGAAUUACUUAGUUAUAAUUGGUUAAUAUAGUCGAAAUCAAAACACGAUUUAUGGGAUUCAUCAAUUCAUCCUUAAGAGAAUUAAAUAAAGGAAGGUAACUUGUUUGGAACUGUCAUUUUUAAAAUUAAGGGAUGAAAUUGCAUUUUAUGUUCCAGACAAAAUAACAGGAAUUUUGUAAACUGUACGCCAAAAUCGGUAAUAUAUGGCCUGAGAAUUGGAAAAUACCAAAUUUUUUAAACAAUAGAAAUGGAAAUUGGCCAUUGUGUUUAUAUUUAGUUUUAGUAUUUUUGUUCAAAAAUAAAGAAAACAAGUUAAAAGAUUUUAUUAUGUGUUAUUUUAGUAUGUAUUUCGAAUGCACCAACAAUAUGUAAAUAUACUCUCCUGCUAUUAUAGAUUUUUCUUGUUAAUACAAUAUUGUACUAAAAACGGUUGCGAAUAUAUAACACAAAUCUGACAAAUGCGUCUUUUACUUUAAUCCUUUAAUACUUUAGGUGCUGAGCCGUAUAAAUGCUGGUUAUGCAAAUUUGUUAAUUCGUAUUGUUCAAGGGAAUUGUCCGUAUAACUGCACCCAUACCUCACUGCGGGCAGGACUGUGAGUAUUGCCAACGAUCAGUGCACAUGCUAGCGUGAAAUGAGUCCAUAAAUUGAGUUAAUUUAUUAGAUACAUAUUAAGAAAAUUCUUAUAUUUAAUUACUUCAGAGUUAUAACUUGUGAGGUAUAAUAUUAAUUAACAACACAUGAUCACCUAUGUAUAUAUUAAAGUAAAAAAUAUAAAAGUUUAAUCACAGGUCUUAGAAAUCAUGUGGAAUACUGUAAUAGGACUGCAGAUUUCACUUGCGUGUUUUAUAAAUUUCAAUAAUAAUGUUUGCAAUUUAUUAGAUACAUAAAUAUUUUUUUUUAUUAAAGAUUUACCAUUAAUUUGGUUAAACUUCGUAAGCCAGCGUCCAUACCACUUAGAAAUUCAAAUUUAAAAAUCAUUUAUUCUUGCAGUACAUUUUAGUCGCUUAUUAACGUCAAGUUUUGUGUAAGAAGGUAAUUUUUUUUUCUCCCUGAUAAGAUGUACUUGUGAAAUUAUAGCGUACGGACUUAUGACAUCUUAAUAUGCUCGGAAAUGGCAACCCAUAAGGGGUACUCGAGUUGUGUGUGUGUGUGUGAACUUCUAAUAAAAUCAUAACUUUACAAAUCCAUUUCAACUCUGCUAAAGCGAGCGUAAACCACAGGAGCAAACGCUGAAGAACAGAGUGCAACAAAGAGAUUCUCAAUUAAAAAAAAAACCGUAAGAAUAUGCGAAAAAAAAUAAAACUUGGUUUUGAUAAUGUAUGUUUAGCGUCCCAGAUACAAAAUAUAUAAACUUUUUGUUCUAGUGAGUCA